AGGCGACACGCAUCAGCCGGCUGAUGUCCACCUGAUCUCCAAACCUGUUGGGGUUCACUGUCGCUUUUUAACAACGCAGACGGGAGGAGAAGAUUGUGAGAUAUGCCACCAAAGACGAGGGCCGGAGUGAGUAAAAGAGCUGCGAAUACAGGCAAAGAGGAUGAUGGUGAAACAGUCGGCGGGAAGAGAAAAGCUGCAGCUCCUGUUGAGUCUGGAAAAAAACAGGUGAACUCAGAAGCUCCACGGUACUCUCACUGGCUGAUGAAGUCUGAGCCAGAGAGCCGCUUUGAGAGUGGCAUCGACGGCAAGUUUGGGAUUGAGGAUCUGAAGGCUUUGCCUGAUCAGACUGAUUGCUGGGAUGGCGUCCGUAAUUAUCAGGCACGCAAUUUUAUGAGGCAGAUGAAAGACGGGCAGUUGGCUUUCUUUUACCACAGCAACUGCAAGGAACCGGGGAUAGCGGGUAUCAUGAAAAUUGUGAAAGAAGCUUAUGUGGACCACACUCAGUUUGACAAGAAAGAUAUCCAUUUCGAUGCAAACAGUAAACCAGACAACCCCAAAUGGAGCAUGGUAGAUGUCCAGUAUCAAAGAAUGCUGAAGCGUUUUUUUCCUCUGUCUGAGCUGAAAAAGUACCACCUGCAGCAUCGCGCCAAAGGAGGCCCUCUGAAGGACAUGGCGCUCUUUACGAGUGCCCGGCUCUCAGUGCAACCCCUGACCCCUGAGGAGUUUGACUUUAUCCUGAGUUUGGAAGAUAAAGAGCCUUUGUGAGGAUUUGGACCAGAUGUUUUUUUGUGACACAGUGAAAUCAUGAAGCAGCGACCUUGUUCACACAACUGUAUGGUUCAUUUUGAAAAAAUAUUAAAUGUGCUUUUUUCAAAUAA